GGAACGCUACGGCAACAUGACCCGCGUGUACUACCGAGAGGCCGUGGGGGCGCUCGUCGUCUUCGACAUGACCAGACUGUCCACGUUUCAGGCCGUCCUCAAGUGGAAAGGAGACCUGGACUCGAAGGUUGCUAUGGGCAACGGGCGGCCGGUUCCAGCCGUUCUAUUGGCCAACAAGAGUGACCAGCGUCGCCACGGCCUCUGCCCCAAACUGCCCAAACUGGAGAACUUUUCCAGAGAGUACGGAUUCGUCGGCUGGUUUGAAACCUCUGCUAAGGACAACACCAACAUCGACGCCGCCAUCACGUGUUUGGUGAAGAACAUCAUGUCUGUGGAGGAGGAACGAGCCGCGAGCGAAGCCACCGGCACGGCGGCGAAGAGCGAAGCCGACGACAGCGUGGUUCUGCCUCACUUCGACUACAACGCGAAGGAGAAAGGCCUGAGCGGGUGUUCGGGAUGCCCCUCGCUCAAACCCAGAGACAGAGACAACGACUGACAGGAUAUGUUGUAAUAUGUUGUAACUCAAAGUCGUCUCCUCUCCCUCUGCUUCCACAGACACGUUCCCUCAGAGAUGUCAGUCAAGGAUUUGAACGUGAAACCAGUUUCUACAAAUAAUGAAAUCACUUUAUUUUUGUAAGAGAAAUUAAGUAAAAAAAUGUGUGUCCCCUCAUUUCCACCCAGCCGGAGCUUUAAUCGAUUAUUUAGCGAUCGAGGAUGAUUUGCUGCGACAGUCUGAGCAGCUCGGGUCAAAGGUCAACGCAUUAGAGCAUUCAGUGUACGCCCCUGCGUUCCUUCAGGGCUCCACACAGAGGCGCCGCAAUGCACCGUACACAGGAGAGAGGAGAUACGUGUGAAAACAUAGAAGAAAAAUGUGUUUCAGAGUGGAUUUCUGUAUCAUAGCACUUGGUUUGUGUGAAUAUCUUCAGUCGAUGUGUUUGUUUCUGCUGCCACGUCCUUUUCUCGUGACAUAAAUCUUAAAAUGAGCCUUUAAA